GCUGCCACGGUCGGCGGAGCAGGCGAGAAAAAGAGCCCCUUCUCUGGGCCCAGGUGACCCGGGCCCCUUUGCGCUGCCACUCACGAGAGGCCCAGAGCCACCACCACCGUCCGACCAUGCUCAGGACCCUCGGGCUGGCCCUGCUGGCUCUGGUCAGCGCCGUAGGCCAGAGCCAGGCCAGCGGCUUCACAGAAAGCGGCCUCUCGUUGCUGGGCUACCAGCUGUGCAACUACAGCGAGACGCGCACCGUCCCGAGCGUGGAGGCCGCGCAGACGUCCCGCCUGACCCACGUUCCCUGCGGCGGCUGGAUCCCCUGGCGGCGCUGCCCCAAGACCGUCUACAGGACCCGCUACCUGGCGGUGGACGUGCUCGAGCGGAGGAACGUGACCCGCUGCUGCGAGGGCUACGAGCAGCUGGGCCUCUACUGCGUCCGGCCCCGGAAUCGGUCUUCGGAGUUUGCAUCCAGACCUGGAAUCUGCCCUGUGGUGGGGCCAGAAGUGUCCACCUCGCCAUGCACCCUGGAUGUGGACUGCCCUGGACUCCGGAAGUGCUGCCCCGUGUCAGGGGCCCUCGUCUGCACGGCUCCCACGCCUGGAGCUCCAGAAAGGAAGCUGGCUAGUUUCUGGUACAACCUGACGGUCCUGGUGAAGAUGGACUUCCAGGAGCUCCUGCAGGUGGACCCCAGACUCCUGGAUCACAUGAGGCUCCUGCACUCCAUGGUCACCGGUGCCCUGCAGCCACUGAACGCCACCGUCCACCACCUGCAUUCAGCCGGUGGGGACACCUCGACCACAGUGUCCCGGCUGCUGCUGGGCCUGCCACAGCCGGUGCCGGUGGCCCGUGUCUCCACGGCGCUGGACAGCAUGGUGAAGCGCGUCUAUGAAGUGAUUGGCGUCCGGGUGCAAGACGUGAAUGAAUGUUCCCACGACGAACUCAACACCUGCUCCGGAGGGGAGCCGUGUGUAAACACAGAGGGCUCCUACCACUGUGCCCGUCACCCCGAGACGCCGACCCUGUGUCCCCAGAAGCUGGACGGCACGUGUGAAGACUGCCCGCCUGUCCCUGACCACAUGAUUGCCAACGUCACCAGCAGCAGCUUUCACGUGUCUUGGAGUUUGAAUUCCACCCAGAACCGCCCUUUCCAGGUGCGGGUGUACAGGGGCGAGGAGCUGUUCAGGACGGCCAGCACCCGGGGGACGAGCCUGGAGGUGGCCGGGCUGGAGGCCGGCGUGCUCUACAGAGUGCAGACUGGCUACCAGGCGUGCGGGGCCAAUGUCACCAACACGCUCACCGUCAGGACCGACGCGCGGUCGUUCCGAGUCACGAUGAGAAUCCUGGACCGCAACGUGACCGAGAGGCUGCUGGACCGCGGGAGCCCCGAGUUCCAGAACUUCUCCCGGCAGCUGCUGCACGAGGUUGCCCGCUCCUUCCCGCCGGCAGUUUCCGACCUGCACCGAGGAGGGAGGCUGAGGAUGCAGAUCGUGUCUCUCCAGGCGGGGAGCGUGGUGGUGAGCCUCAGGCUGACCGUGUGGGACCCCGAGUUCCCGCUGGGUGUGGCCACACUGGCCCCCAUGCUUCCGCCUCUGUGGGCCAGCACCGUGUUCCAGGUUGACCAACAGGGGACGCUCGUGCAAGACUGGGAUGAGUGUGCGGACAGCUUGGAGCACGACUGCUCACCGGCCGCCCAGUGCAUCAACCUCGAGGGCUCGUACACCUGCCGGUGCUGGACGGCCAGGGACGCCAACCCCUCCAGACCCGGCCGGGCCUGCGAUGGUGAUGCAGUGAGUCCCCCGGGAGGUGUGCUGUCUCCAGUGACAGGGGUUAUAGCCCCAGCUCCUGGCACGGAAACAGCAGCUGUUGGCUUGGAGACUGUUGCCCUGUCCCCCAGCCCUGGACACCCAUGGGGCACCCCUGCAGCAGGCCAGGCCUGGACCCCAGGGCCCCCACCCAGGAGAGGGGUCAGCAGCAUGGCUGGCCACGGCAGUGACAGCACGGGGCAAGACGUGGAGGAGGAAGUGCCCAGUGUGGCCCCAGGUCUGGGGGCUGGCCAGGGGAUGGCCAGUGGGGUGGCGGGCACCGCCUUCUCCCCCAGGGCUCCUGGGGCCACAGACAGCCUGCCGGGCCCUCCUGGGAUGCUGCCUCUGGACUCCACCAUGGAGCCUCUCUUCUGGCCCAUGCCUACCGAGGGUCCCACAGGCCACAUCGAGUGGCAAGCCAGCCUCCCCACGAGGGACACACUGCCAGCACCUCUGGACCCAACGUGGCCACAGACCUUGGACCCUGGAGCCACGUCUCAGGACCUGCCCUUGGCUCCCACCCCUGAGCCUCUGAAGACCUCCGCCUGCGCUCCUGUCCCCAUCAGAAGGGUCACCGUCUCCAACGUGACCAGCACAGGCUUUCGCGUGGCGUGGACGGCGGAUCUCACCCCACACCCCACAUUCCAGCUCACCCUGACUUCUGCUCAGGGCCCCACCGUGAACCUGGAGACUCGGGACGCAAGCCUGGUGCUGUCGGGCCUGGAGCCUGGCACCUUGCACCGGGUGGAGAUUGUGGCCCAAGCAUGUGGGAAAGAAACGGCCCGAGCCCACCUGAAAGUGAGGACAGCUGCCCAGAAGCUCAGUGGAAAAGUCAGAAUAGUGAACGUCAGGUAUUUAGAAUCCUUCCGCAACGCAAGCAGCAAGGAGUACCGGGCCUUCCUAGAGCUGUUCCUUAGGACGGUGCGGAACUCCUUGCCGGCCUCCAUGCGCCAGCACCUGGACACAGGUGGGGUGCAGGUGGAGGUGACCCGCAUCAGCAACGGCAGCGUCCUGGUGGAGUUCAACGUGCUGGUCAUCGCAGACCUGGACAUCCGGGAGGUGGCCGCCGCGUUCCUCGCCGCCUUUCAGGACGCCUCUCCGCUGGAGGUGGUCGCAGGGGACACCUUCCUAUGGGAUUACGACGAGUGCGAAAGGGAGGAGCACGACUGUGCCCCGGGCUCCACCUGCCACAACAUCCUGGGGUCAUUCACCUGCCGCUGCGAGGGAGGUGCCGCGGACCCUCCCGUAGAAUAUUCUGGAAGACCCUGUGAAGGCGACUCUCCUGGCAACACAACCCGGUCCCCCACCCCAGAGCGGCCCCCCACCCCAGUGGGAACCUGGGCUCCCGCUGCACAGGGCGCCCGCCCAGCACCCCCGGGCCCGCCCCCGCGGCUGAACCUGAGCAGAGCCGUCAGGGUGCUCUGUGAGACCGACAAGGUGGCCGUCGCCAUCCAGAAGCGCUUCCUGCAGCAGGAGUCCAUCCCCGAGUCGGCCCUGUACCUGGGGCACCCGUCCUGCAACGUCAGCGACAGCAACAGCACACACGUGAUCCUGGUGGCUGCGUGGAGCGAGUGCGGAACCGUCGUGCAGAGCAACGUGACCACCACGGUGGUGAGGACCACGCUGAGGAACGACCUGUCCCCGGAGGGCGUCCUCCACCACCCGAAGAUCCUGAGCCCCAUCCGCUGCGCCUUCCAGAACCACCUCCUGACGUCCUCAGGCUACACCCCGGAGUGGGGUGUUUACACCAUCAUCGAGGACCUCCACGGAGCCGGAAGAUUUGUCACUGAAAUGCAGUUAUUUAUCGGAGACUCUCCUAUUCCUCAAAAUUAUAGCGUGUCUGCCAGUGAUGAUGUCAAGAUCGAAGUAGGGCUCUAUAAGCAGAAAAGCAACCUCAAAGUGGUCCUGACCGAAUGCUGGGCUACACCGUCCAGUAACGCCAAGGACCCCAUCAUGUUUGGCUUCAUUAACAACAGCUGCCCCGUCCCCAACACACACACGAAUGUGAUUGAGAACGGGAACUCCGACAAGGCCCAGGUUAAGCUGAAAAUCUUCUCCUUCAUCAACAACUCCAUAGUCUAUUUGCACUGCAAGCUUCGCAUCUGCAUGGAAUCCCCCGGCACCACGUGCAAAAUAAGCUGUGAUGACUUUCGGUCGCCGAGAAGCAGUGGGAUGUCUGCGACACACCAGAUGUCCUGGGGGCCCCUCAUUCGGUCGGAAGGAGAGCCUCCAGGUACAGAGCCAGGCCUGGGAGCCGGUUACCUGGCGCUCAUCGUAGUGGCCGUCUUUGCCUUGGUGGCGGGGACAGCUGCCCUUGUGCUCCUGAGCUACCAGAGAAUGACCGGCAGGUACAGCUUCAAGACCCAGCCUGGCGCCUUCAGCUACCAGGCCUUCCGUGAAUGAGGCACCUGCGCCGGAGGUAGCCGGGACUCAAGCUCCAGUCUCCACUCGAGCAAGCGUGCUGUGUUCCACGUCCAGAGCCUGGAUGAGCCCCAGAGAUGCUGCAAACGCAGCCUCCGCCCGCCCCCACGAGGCCCGGAUCAGCAAGGGCUGCGGGCUGGUGAGAAGCGGGCAGUGAGCCUGGCUGCCUGGAGCCUCAGUCGCAAGGAUCUUCCACCCAGCUCUCCCAUCACCCCAUCUCCUUCACCGCCAGCUCAGCCCCACUCACCCUAACUGGUCCAGGUGGCCCUUCCCGGCUCACCACUGAGGUUCCUCAUCCUCCGCCCCCAUCAGCCCCUCAUCCGUCCAUCCGACACCCUGUCAAAUACAUGUUUCUCAUUUUCAAAAAUAUCUGACAGUGCCCUUGAAGUUCUUUUAAAGAUAAGUCGGUGUGAAUACAUGACUAAUGUCGUUUUUAGCACAUACAGAUGCUUUAGAAUUUUUCUCCUGCAUCUUUACCAGGAUACUGUUUUGAUUUACGCAGCAGUGGCUCAAAAGGCGACUCUAGGCCAUUCAUUGAGCACCUUUGCAAGUAGGAACAACAGUGGAUCUCUAUAACAUUUUAUAUUUUUCCAAGCGUUUCACAGGUAGUAAAAUACAUAAUUUUACCAGGGAUGAGGCACUAUUUAGCCACUACUCAUUGGGAAACCACAGGAGGAGUGGGUGAGUUCGUUACCGAAGAUCACGCAGUGCCUUAACGACGAAAUGGGUCUAGAAUCUAAGCGUUUUAGUCUAGAAUUUUCUUCAUGACACUACUACUUCGUUUAAAGCACAUGGCAUUGUCUUCGAUAGCUAAUGCCUGCAAGUUUAGUGUUUCUCCUGGAUGAACUUAGCCUUAUAACACCAUCUUGGUUUUUAAUUCAUGAGAUUAACUUUGUCCAAUGCAAUUAACUGGCGUUAAUACAGAACAUUCGGGAAAUGUAUUUUGAGGUACUGGGGAGUCUCAGAGUCUGUCGAAUCGCAGGAUGUCAUACUGCGGAGAUCGGCUUCUGAACAAGUAGAAUAAAUCACCCAUGAC